AAACAUACCAGAGGUCAAGGAAACCGCAUGGUUGUAACCGUGAUAGAACGUAUUUUAACUCGUUUCCACAGAUGUCAAAAUCUCCAAAGACCGAGCCCUGUAAGAAGGAAGCCUGUCAGAUACAGAAAUGUUUACAAGCUAACAAGUACCAACAACAUCUAUGUGAUGGAAUUGUAGAGGCCAUGAGGCAGUGCUGUGAGAGACUGGGGACAGAAGAUUCUGUCUGCUGUUCGGGAUUCUUUGCCGAAAAAAAGAAAUCUAAGUCAGAAAUGGAGAAGUCUUGAUGUCACAUGGAAAGCUUCGCUGAGACUGUAAAAUGCAGCAUCUGAAUGAUUUAAUAAUACAGGAAUUUUCAAGGCUGCCUGGCACCAAUAGAACAAGUUGAGAACCUGAGACUAUGGACAAAAUAUCUGAUUACCUGAAUGUGUAUUUUAGCAUGUCUGACAAACGGGUAGACUUUCUAUAGUGGUGAUUUAUUUUUCAUUUUAGAUGGACUUUAAUUAUAGUUUUUACAGCAAAUACAGUUCUGUUAGUGAUGACCAUCACUGUGUUUAUCAGACUCUAUGCCUAUAAUGUAGCUUUGCUUCUAUCACUGAGGAUAUUAAUAAAAAUGUAAACCCUUCAAGAUGUUUUUAAUUUAUCAAAUUUUACAAAUUGUCACUUUCACAAAUUACUGGAUAAUUAUCUCAAAGAAUGGAUUAGAAAGAUUUGUUCCAGUUCAAAUACAGUAACACUUUUCAUGUAUGUCCUUGUUUUUUAACACACCUGAAACAGGUGUCACUAUUGAUUAAAAGAACACACCAACUGUUUUAUUUAGGAUUUACUGGGCAACAGCUGUAGAAUAAGGGAAGUAACUCUAGGUGGAAUUUUUUGUAAGGGACCAUAUAACCGAAAGUUAUUGUCGAAAAAUACACUUCCACAGUUUGCCCAAACGGUACUUGUGUCUAAGGGUUUUUAUUGUGUUUUCAUGAAAGAGAUCAAAUAAGAGAAUGGUUUCUUUAAACUCUGUGGUUAUAUCGGCACAAAUUGUUGCGUUAGUUUUAAUAUUUAGAGACGGCCCCAUAAUGUGACGGAUGCGAAGUGAUUCACGCAUGAUCAACAUUGAAGCACUUCCUUUUACGACACGGUGUUGCUUCGUGGUGAGGACGAACUUCGGAUACAGAGACAUAUCCGCCACCAUCAACCAACAUGAUUAUUUUCAAAGACAUUGCGUCAGGUGAUGAAAUGUUCACGGAUGCAUACAAGAUGGAGAUCAUGGAUCAGUUUUACAAAGUCUACGGCAAGAUUGAGAGGGCGUUCGGAGCGAACCCAUCUGCCGAGGAACUGGGCGAUGAAUGCGACACAAACGCUGUCUCAGGGGUAGACAUUGUCGUAGCUAACAGACUAGUAGAGACAUCCUUUACAAAAAAAUCCUACAAAAACUAUAUCGCUGCAUACAUGAAAAAAAUUUUAUCCAAGCUUCCAGAAGACCAGCAUGCAUCAUUUAAGAGCAGUGCACAAAAAGCUGUACAGUUCAUAUUGUCCAAGUUUGACGAUUGGCAGUUCUUUCAAGGCGAGUCAAUGGACCCUGAUGGUAUGGUAGCUUUUCUGGAGUACGUUGAUGAUGGAGGUACAUCCAAACCGUAUAUGCUCUUCUUCAAAGACGGUCUAAAAGAAGAGAGGCUGUAGACGAUAUUUUACAUGCUAUUUACAGAUUCCGAACACAGAUGUUUGCAACUCAAGAUCUGCUUGUACAUCCUGAUAUAAUACAGACAACAACAAAACUAUAUUUCAUCUUGCAACUUGGUUCUAACAUAAAACAAAUUUUUAUCAAUUGGGCCCUACACAUCCUGUGCUGGAAGGCCUUCAAGAGAUUGGCAUGUUGUCAGGAGUGCCGAAUGACUUUAUUCACCAAGGAUUGAAGAAUCGGGUGGUUUAAAUUAUACAUUUUGACCUGCUUUUUUAAAAGGGAGAUAACUGUUGUAAAUCCUGCUUUCUCGCCCAGUAGCACUGUUGG